AUGCUUGACGAGAAAUAAUAUAAUGCAGGGAUUUAAUCUUAAAAUAUAGGAUCCAAUGAAUUCGGAUCUAAUAAUAUCCUUGAUGAGAAAUAAUUAGGGCCUGCUCCAUAAAUUGAAAUCAAUUUGGAAUAUAAACCAAUAACUCUUGAUUAGAUUCAAUAAUAAAAAGUGGCACCAAAAAAGCAAUCAUCUUACAAAGGAGCAACUUUAACUCUUUUUAAAACAUUUGUGGGUUCAGGAAUACUUGCAUUGCCUUACAGCUUUGCCAAAGGAGGUUAUGUUCUAUCUACAAUAGUUUUUGUGCUUCUAAGUUUGCUCAUAAAUUAUUAGUAAGUGAACUUCAUCAUGAUGGCUGAUAAAUAUAGACAACCUAAUCAGUUAAUGGAUUAUUCAAAAUUUAUAGAAAUAACUUUGGGUGCAAGAUAUAGAUCUUUUAGUAAAUUAAUUGUUGGAAGUAUGUAAUGGGGAUGUUGUAUAAGUUAUGUUAUUUUUUUUAUGGAGUUUUUCGAAAUCGCUUUCUAUGGUAAUGAUACCUCAACAUUUCAGCAUUAAUUAUAUUACUUAUUAAUAGCCCUUUUAAUUUUACUCCCUAUGACACUAAUAUAAAAUAUGGCAGUGUUUACAAAAGUAAGUGCAAUAGCAAAUGGACUAAUAGUAUUUCCGUUGGUAAUGAUAAUUGUUUCAGCUAUACAAGCCAUCAUUAAUGAGAGUUAUCCUAAAAAAUACCAUUUGAUUGACUUUUCAGGAUUAUCUACAAUGAUAGGAGUCUCUAUAUAUUCAUUUGAAGCUGUUGGAGUGUUACUAAACAUUCAAUCUUCAAUGUAAAAGAAGGAGAAAUUUUAAAGAUUGUUGUAAUUAACUACAAUUGCUGUUGUUUUGUUAUUUAUUAUAUUUUCUUUGGUGUGUGGAUUUGGGUAUGGAAUAGAUAUCAAUCAAAUUGUAUUGUUUAAUUUGUAAGAUAAUCCUUUUAUGGCUGUUGUAUAAAUAAGCUAUGCAAUUGGAUUAUUACUCUCAUUCCCAGUUUAAUUGUUGCCCGCAUUUCAAAUUUUGGAAGGAAAUGAAAAAGUUAAUUCUUAUGUAAUAAUUGGAUCAAUAUUUUUAGAUAUAUAAAAGCUAAGAUUCAGCAAAUAGAAAAAGAAUAAUAAUAAGAAUGGUUUAAGUGGUUCUCUUAAGCUUAAUCGCUAUGUUUAUUCCUUAAUUUGCUGUAUUUUUAUCUCUAGUAGGUGGAUUUUCUGGAAGUGCUCUAUAAUUCUAUUUCCCAUUGGUAAUUUACAAAAAGAACUUCUACGAUAGUUAACCAGUAAGAUAAAGGACAACUUAUUGUUGUUUGAUGAUAAUUGGAAUAAUUGUUGGAUCUUUUGCAGCAAUAAAUUCUCUUAUAUUGUUGAUAAAAGGAUGA